AUGGCAGCUUCUCAAUCCCAGGGAGCUGCAGCUUUGGCUUGGUAUGUUUAUAUGAAGAAAAAUGAUCAGAAAAAGCCCAAACCUGGAGACCUGAUUGAGAUUGAACGUGAUGGGUUCAGUGAGUGGGCAGUGUAUGUAGGAGGAGGCAAGGCUGUGCACUGCACCAAAGGGAUCGUUGAAGAGGAAGAUCUGGAUACGUUGGUUGGAAGAGACCAAUGGCGGGUGAAUAACUCCUUGGAUAAAGAUCACCCACCCAAGGGGAAAGAGGACAUCGUCGCAUCGGCCAAAGAACAAGUCGGCAAGAAAAUGGCUUCUAAUCUUCAGCUGUCCCACUGUGAGCGCUUUGCUACGCGCGUGAGAUACGGCAGGGACUUGGCUUCCCAGGUACAAGGAUCGGUCUCAUUAUCACAGAAGUGGAAGAAGUUUCUCCAAUAUAUCACACAGCACUUUAUCAGAAACCAGGGCAGCUAUUCAUGUGCCUAG